AUGCCUACAUUAAAUCAAUUGAUUCGUCAUGGUAGAGAAGAAAAACGGCGCACGGACCGUACUCGAGCUUCGGAUCAAUGUCCCCAGAAGCAAGGAGUACGCCCGCGUGUUUCAACGAGAACACCGAAAAAACCAAAUUCAGCUCCACGUAAGAUAGCCAAAGUACGAUUGAGCAAUCGACAUGAUAUAUUUGCUCACAUUCCGGGCGAAGGUCAUAAUUCGCAGGAACAUUCUAUGGUCUUAAUAAGAGGAGGUAGAGUUAAAGAUUUGCCAGGUGUUAAAUCCCAUUGUAUUCGAGGAGUCAAGGAUUUGUUGGGAAUUCCGGAUCGAAGAAGAGGCAGAUCAAAAUAUGGUGUAGAAAAACCCAAAUCGAUAUGA